UUGAGAAAAGGGUGACUGUAAACACAAAGUUAGUCAUAAAACAUAGAUGAAGCGCUCCCUAUAAAUAACCAGAAGCAUCUACGUCUGCUGUUGAUGGCUCCUCCCCCGCUACCUGUAAAUCUGCGAUGCCAUCCUCCAACAAAUGGAUGUGACAGGCGGCUGGAGCCGAGAGCCAGAAUCAUCGACAAGAAACUCAAUAUUUCACCAUCAAUACUGGUAUUUCUGUAAAGGAUACUGGGAAAUAAACUGAGCUUUAACCUGAGGAGCGCAUUCAACAGUGCGCGGAGCUCAGAAGAAGCGGACCUGCUGAACACUGCGCUGUCAAACAAGGUGGAGGAGUGAGCGAAUCCAUCGACUGGCGAGGACAUCACGCCUCUUCGCUGUAACAAUAACAGAUCAAUAAACCACCGUUUAUACGUCAGGACUGCAAGAAAAAUCACACGUUUAAAGGUUGGACAAAAUGUGAUUUUUACGCACAGAUCAAACGGAUGACGCGCGAUUCCUGUCGCGAACGCGCAUCGUGAAGCGCACGACUGAUAUCGUGAUUUUUAAAAGAAGUUUUUAUUAUCCCUCCUGUGGAUGCUGGCGACCCAACUUUGCCAUCCUCGACCCCAGUGAAGCUAUCUGAGCAGGGAGAGGAGCGAAAAGGUGGUUGACUAAACAUGCGUGAGCCGUUGGGGCAUCAGGGGGCGCUGGCUGGAGCUCCCCAAAGCGCCUGAAUCACAGUUGAGUUGAUUUUUUUUUUUGUUUGUUUUAUUCAAGUGAGGGCUGGCAGGUGACCAGAAGUCGAUAAUGCCGAAAAACAAGGAUAAAUUCAACCCGUCAAUCCACAUAUCCAAGAUGAAUGUGAUCAUCCCGUUUUCACCCGACGUGCCCUGUGACAGCAACGGCCAGCGGAUGUGGUGGGCUUUCCUCGCCUCCUCCAUGGUCACUUUCUUUGGGGGUCUUUUCAUAAUCCUCCUGUGGAGAACUCUUAAAUAUCUCUGGACUGUAUGCUGCCACUGUAACGCCAAAAAGAAGGAGGUCCAUCGGAUCACCACCGGCGAUGGCAUUAAGCGUGCGGACAAGGAGGAUGCUGCAGCCAGCGAGGUGGGCUGGAUGACUUCGGUCAAAGACUGGGCCGGUGUCAUGAUAUCUGCUCAGACGCUGACAGGAAGAGUCCUGGUUGUGCUCGUAUUUGCACUCAGCAUCGGAGCCCUUGUAAUUUACUUCAUAGAUUCCUCUGAUCCUAUCGAGUCCUGUCAGAACUUCUAUAAAGACUUCACGUUGCAGAUCGACAUGGCCUUCAAUGUGUUCUUCUUGCUGUAUUUUGGCCUCCGUUUUAUCGCUGCCAAUGACAAGCUGUGGUUCUGGCUAGAGGUGAACUCCGUGGUGGACUUCUUCACAGUUCCUCCAGUGUUUGUAUCGGUGUACCUGAAUAGGAGCUGGCUGGGUUUGAGGUUUUUAAGGGCCUUAAGGUUGAUACAAUUCUCAGAAAUUUUACAGUUUUUGAAUAUACUCAAGACAAGCAACUCGAUUAAGUUGGUGAACCUGUGUUCAAUCUUCAUAAGCACAUGGCUAACUGCAGCAGGCUUCAUCCACUUGGUGGAAAACUCAGGAGAUCCUUGGGAAAACUUCCAAAAUUCACAGGCACUUUCCUACUGGGAAUGUGUUUACCUACUCAUGGUCACAAUGUCCACUGUUGGCUAUGGAGACGUUUACGCAAAAACCACCCUGGGUCGCCUGUUUAUGGUCUUCUUCAUUCUUGGUGGUUUGGCCAUGUUUGCUCGCUACGUGCCAGAAAUUGCUGCUCUCAUCCUUAAUCGGAAGAAAUAUGGAGGGAGUUAUAACUCGACCAGAGGCAGAAAGCACAUCGUGGUCUGUGGUCAUAUAACACUUGAGAGUGUGUCCAACUUUCUAAAAGACUUCCUACACAAGGACAGGGAUGAUGUCAAUGUAGAAAUUGUUUUUCUCCAUAAUAUUUCCCCUAAUCUUGAGCUGGAAGCCUUGUUCAAGCGCCACUUCACCCAAGUAGAGUUUUACCAAGGAUCUGUCCUCAACCCACAUGACCUGGCCAGAGUCAAGAUUGAAUCAGCUGAUGCCUGCCUGAUCUUAGCCAACAAAUACUGUGCUGAUCCUGAUGCUGAGGAUGCAUCGAACAUUAUGAGGGUAAUAUCAAUCAAGAACUACCAUCCAAAGAUCAGAAUUAUCACUCAGAUGUUGCAGUACCAUAACAAGGCACACCUUUUGAACAUCCCAAGCUGGAACUGGAAGGAGGGAGAUGAUGCCAUUUGCCUUGCAGAGCUGAAGCUCGGGUUCAUCGCCCAGAGCUGCCUGGCUCAGGGCCUCUCCACCAUGCUGGCCAACCUUUUCUCCAUGAGAUCCUUCAUCAAGAUUGAGGAGGACACGUGGCAGAAGUAUUACCUUGAAGGAGUAGCCAAUGAGAUGUACACAGAGUACCUGUCCAGUGCCUUUGUGGGUUUAUCCUUCCCAGUAAUUUGCGAACUCUGCUACGUGAAGCUAAAGUUACUACUGAUAGCUAUAGAGUAUAAGUCUGAUCAAAGGGAAAGCAGCACCCUGAUCAAUCCUGGAAACCACGUUAAAAUGCAGGAAGGGACUUUGGGCUUCUUCAUUGCCAGUGAUGCCAAAGAAGUAAAGAGAGCUCUGUUUUACUGUAAGGCCUGUCACGAUGACAUAACUGAUCCCAAAAGGAUAAAAAAAUGUGGAUGCAAGAAAUCCAAGACGGCCGCCUACAAGAAAAUGAGACUGGCAUGUUGUUUUGAUUGCGGCCGCUCAGAGCGGGACCGCUCAUGCAUGCCGGUUAAUGUGCGUUGUAACUUGGACUCCCCUCAACGGGACAUCCCACUCGCUGCUGUCUCUGUUAAUGAUUGCUCAGCCACAUUACGUGCCUCUAAAAAUAGCUAUAAUGGAUAUAUCAAAUCAAUUGAAGAAGACCAACAGUCAGCACUAUCGCCCAAAAAGAAGCAACGUAAUGGAGGCAUGAGGAACUCUCCAAACUCCUCACCCAAGAUAAUGAGACACGACCCGCUCCUUAUCCCAGGCAACGAGCAGAUUGAGAGCAUGGACGAGAAUGUAAAGAAAUACGACUCCACAGGGAUGUUUCACUGGUGCCCAUCCAAAGACAUCGAGAAGGUCAUCCUGACCCGGAGUGAAGCAGCCAUGACUGUUCUGAGCGGUCAUGUUGUUGUGUGCAUAUUUGGAGACGUCAAGUCAGCAUUGAUUGGUCUCCGAAACUUCGUAAUGCCUCUGAGAGCAAGCAACUUUCACUACCAUGAGCUGAAGCACAUUGUGUUUGUCGGUUCACUUGAGUAUCUAAAGCGGGAGUGGGAAACUCUCCAUAAUUUCCCCAAAGUCUCCAUUCUGCCAGGCACACCGUUGAGCAGGGCAGAUCUGAGGGCUGUCAACAUCAACCUCUGCGACAUGUGUGUCAUUCUGUCAGCCAAUCAGAACAAUAUUGACGAUGCAUCACUACAGGACAAGGAAUGCAUCUUGGCGUCACUCAACAUCAAAUCCAUGCAGUUUGACGACAGCAUUGGGGUCUUGCAGGCCAAUUCUCAAGGUUUCACACCACCAGGGAUGGACAGAUCUUCUCCUGAGAACAGCCCAGUCCACGGAUUAGUAAGGCAGACCUCAGUGACGACUGGAGCUAAUAUUCCCAUCAUAACAGAACUAGCACCAUUAGCAAAGCAGGGCAAAAAACUGCCUGUGAUUUCAUUCAGUCAGGAUAAAAGCUGUGGGACCAGCAUACAAAUGAUAACUGAGCUGGUAAAUGACUCAAACGUUCAGUUCUUGGACCAAGAUGAUGACGACGACCCCGACACAGAGUUAUACCUCACCCAGCCUUUUGCCUGUGGGACAGCCUUCGCAGUCAGCGUGCUGGACUCCUUAAUGAGUGCAACAUACUUCAAUGAUAAUAUCCUCACCUUGAUCCGGACACUGGUAACAGGCGGGGCUACACCAGAGCUGGAGGGGCUGCUGGCAGAGGAGAAUGCAUUACGAGGCGGCUACAGCACCCCGCAGACCUUGGCGAACAGGGACAGGUGUCGCGUGGCACAGCUGGCCUUGUACGACGGGCCCUUUGCUGACCUCGGGGAUGGUGGCUGCUAUGGUGACCUCUUUUGUAAAGCCCUAAAAACAUAUAACAUGUUGUGUUUUGGUAUCUAUCGGUUACGAGACGCACAUCUAAACACACAAAGCCAGUGCACCAAACGGUAUGUCAUCACCAAUCCGCCGUAUGCAUUUGAGCUGGUGCCCUCAGACCUUAUAUUCUGCCUGAUGCAGUUCGACCACAAUGCUGGUCAGUCUCGAACCAGCCUCUCUCACUCUUCACAUUCAUCCCAUUCUUCAAGCAAAAAGAGCUCCUCCGUCCACUCUAUCCCAACCACCAACCGCACCAACCGCAUCAAAAGCAGGGACUUACGAGACAAACAAAAUGCAACAAGGAUGAAUAGAGUGGGCCAAGAAAAGACAUGGUUUACAGAUGAGCCAGAGAAUACCCACCUGAGGACCAUACAGAUCAAGCCUGUGAAUACUCUCGCCAUCAACCAAGUCAGUCAGAAUAAAUCCACGAGCAGCUUGAUUCCACCCAUCAGAGAAGCCGAGGAUGAGUGCUGAGCUCCAGACUCAUGCUGACACCUGGAUGCCUGGGACUCCCACAGGAAUUAUUGUGUAGGUGUCAGUUUGGAACUUGGGAUGUCUCAUCUAAAAAAAUAAACACUGCUUUCUUCCUUCACCUCUAAGCUUAUUAAAAACCAUGAGGACAAUUGUUGUCAAAUAUUGCCACCACUCACACACUAUUAGUUUGCACAGCUUCUCUUUAGGAGUGACCAGACUCCAUAACAUUGUUUUGUUCCAUUUUUGGAGAAUGAGGGUCGCUUAAUAAGAGCAAUUUAGAUAACUAUUACUACUAAAAGAGGUGAUUAUCAUUACUGGACAAGAGUUGAAAAUUAUAAAAGUUGCCUUUUUUCUGUCCAUGAACAACUAUAACCACUGCAUUUAAUUCACCCUGAGUUGCAGAGUUAUUCUGUACAGUGUGUUAAAAUGUGUUUUACAUUCAGCUGCAGUCCCUACUGCAAUGGCAUUGCUGGUGACUCUCAGUGAUUUCUUUGCCAUUUGGAGCUAAUUCACAACAUUUGUGACAGUUAUGAUGGCCAGUGUCCAUUUGUAAAUGGCAUUUGGCUCCAGCCUUAUCUCUAUUAAUUUAUAUUUGUCUUAUCUUUGCCUUUUCAAGUUUAUAAAUGUUUUCAUGUUACUCAUUUACUCUUUUUUUUUUUUUUUGUCCAAAAACCCCAUACAUUUCUCCAACGGUUAUAUUGCUUGGAGGGUUGCUUUCUUUCUUUUAGAUCAAUAGCCAAAUAUGAUAGAGCUGUUUUGCUGCCAAUUUGUCACACCAUUUGUAAACAAGACAACAGCCAGCUACUCUGACAGAGCAUAUUUAAGUCUUUAGGUGAGUUGAAUUUGAAAGCCACAUAUCGCAUGAAGUGGGCACCUUUAAGUCCUCCUUUGGCUGUGAGCACUGCCUGACACAGGAUUGUCCUGGAGGCCAUCACGAAACUUGAAUGUACUCCAUGACCAAUCUUAAUGCCAUAAUCACAGCUUUUUGUAGAUACAUGAAAAACAGCUCUAUCAUAAAAUUGAUGUUGGCUAUUUUUGUGUUUAGACUGCACUUUGCUGGUAAACCACUUUGGUGAAUGGUUACUUAUCUUGCAUAUCCAUAAAGCAAACAAUUCACAGCUUUGGUGUAGAGGCACAGGAUGCAGAGCAUGGUUGAUAUGAAUCAUGUCUUAUUUAAAUAAUGGAACAUAGCUAUAUUGGCACUGUUGUCACUUUAUGUCAAGAUUAAUGAGGGGGAAGGAAACAAGGGACUGGGGGUGGGGGGGGGGGGGGGGGGGGGGGGGGGGGGCAGUCCAUGUAAUUCUCAAACCACAGAUGAUACAUUAUAGUCCAGCCUAGGAUUCAUGAUGAAUGUCAGAGAAAAAGAAAAGCAAGGAAAAAGCAAAGGUUGUGACAAUUUUACUGGCACAGAGAACAUCCAAUCUGUCCAUUUCUGUGUCAG